AUGAUCGACACCGAUGCCUUUACUGCUAGUACAGUUUUAAACAAAAGUCCUGAUGAUGAACCACGAUAUGGAACACCAAAUUGUAGUUUUAUUGGUCAAGUUCUAGUUGUGAAUGCUUCAGAAACAGUUGAACUGACAAGUGACUACUCUUUUACCUCGGAAGUCAAUGUUAUCGAUCAAAAUAGCAUUAGUGCAACUUUGUACUUUAGUGUAUCACCCAACACCAAGAAUGUUCCUAUUUCUAUAAACAAACUGAUUACUCUAUCGUUUGCUUUCGAUUGCCAAGCUCCACCUCUUUUAUAUAUCUUAAAUGCAGCUAAUGCCCCUUACUUCUAUGACAGGAGGAUAUCAUUACAAACUGUUGCCACAUUAUUUUUAAACUAUUCGCUUCCAUACGAUAAUAUUAAAUGCGAGACUUUAGGUGAAUCCUCUUAUUGUUUCAACUGCUCCAUCAGUCCUACUCCAAAUAUAAAAUAUUCUUACAAUAUUUUUGUUGACCCAAUCUAUAAUACAACUUGCAACUAUUCAACACCAAUUAGUAUUCAACUAAAAGACAACUUCAACUCCAACACUGUCAAUUUCCAAUUGAAUACCGCCAAUACAUAUUCAAAACUAAAGAGUACCAACUUUAAAUCUCAAAUGAGAUAUCCAAACACGACAGUAAUAACCGCAACCUAUAAUAGUAAUAACAUCGAACCUCUGGUCUCUUCAGUUUUUGAAAUUGAAUCCAGUAUCAAUGAAUUGUAUAGCCUAGUUGUAGAGAAUUCACUUCCAAUCAGUUAUGGACUUCCAACUUUCAUAGGAUUCUCACAAACCAAGUUAUCGGGAAAUUAUUUAUGUCAAAAAUCAAUUCAAUCAAAUGUAUCUUUCGAUCAAAAACUAUUCAACAUGAAGGAUAAUUUGGUUCUAUUAGAUAACUAUCAGAUAUCUAGAGAUGUAAACUAUACAAUCAUUAUAGACGGUAAUAUUUAUAGUCGUUCAGACUUCACACUUGGUCAAUCGGAUUCAUUCAAAAUCAAAUAUAAUGACCAACUAAUUCAAUUCAAAUUCCCAUUUGGUUUUGGAAAAGGAACUCUAAAACAAUAUAAUCAUAUUUUUAAUAAUCCGUUUUCAGUUUAUACUCCAUCAAUGACUGUUUUACCAAACUAUCAAGCACAACCGAUCAAUUCUCAAACAUUUAGCAAUCCAAUUCCACAAGUUGAUAAAACAGCACCAUUCUUAAUCAGUUGUAAUAUUACAGCACUAUCAUAUUAUUCAUUUAGAUACACUAUUCAAGCUGGAGAUAUAGAAAGUGGAAUCUACAGUAUUACAAUUCUCGAGGAUUAUGAUCCAAGAGGUGAAGGAACUGUUAUUCUAUAUCAAUCAAAUAUAAUUGGUGGAAAUAUAUGGAAUGGUACUUUCAGUGUAGAUAUGAAUGUAGAUGGUUACAAUCACGAUUCAUCAUUCAGUAUUGUCAUUGAAUCAAGAUCUGGUUUGAAAUCUAUUUUCAAAAGUGAAACUUUCAUUCCUUACACAUCCGUUUAUAUUGAUAAAUUCCCUAAAAGAGUUUCAUGGGGUCUCCAGGAUGUCCUAGCAAUUUCAACAACAUACACAGACUCAGAUCCACUUUUCAACUAUACAUCUAUAUUGUCUUUGAAGCUAAUGAAUCCAGAUGCAAAUUUGGUACCAAGGAUACAAAUUGAUGCACUACCACCACAUCUUUCGAAAAAAAGUAUUAUUAUAUCCGGUACUUUUAACAGUGGAUCAAACCUUUAUGAUUUUUCGGUCCCACAUAUUCCAUACUCUUCCAGCUUUGGUGAUAAUAUAAACUAUGUACUUCUUGGUGACACAGAUAUGCCUUCUAAGAUUUCUUUACAUUCAUUCGCCAACUACUACCUAAAUGUUGAAGCAAAGUCAGACAUUAUCAUGAUACCACCAACAUUAAAAUCAGUUGUACCACUCAGCGGAGGACAGUUCAAUUUCACAUUCCAAUGCUUUGGUCAAGUCAAUUGUGAAAACACUAUAAUCACCAUUGGAUACGUUGUGAUUCAAGGUGAAUAUGAUCCUGUUCCAAAGAAAUUUAGUUUUACUCAAAUUUCAAACUCGUAUAUUUCACCUCCUCUCAAUAUCACAACAACAUCAUGCAGAAGCCAAACCUACACAGUUAUAUCAGCAUAUCUUUCAGAUGGUUACAGAGAAUCAGAUUCUGAUGAUCCAAACACCAUUAGUCCAUUCCUUUAUGUGAACCAAACGGAUCUCUCAUUUAUAUCUGUAUGCUCGACUCCAAAUCCAGACAUAAUUCUACCAAAAUUAAAUUCAUUCACAUUAAGUCCACCUGCAAUCAAUGCUUCAGUUAGCAACUUUAUAAUUGUCAAGAUCUCAGUAUCCGAUGACCAAAGAAUCAAAUAUUUCCCAACUCUAUAUUUGACUUCACUUCUUGGAAAUAUAAGAGUAGUAGAUCCCCCUACACCAACAUGCAAUGUAGAUAAUAAUGUUUGUACAGUCAUCUAUUUCUUAACAUUACCAAGCUACUGGGGAGCAGGAAACAUAUCGGUAUCUCUUUAUGGAUUAACAGAUGAAUACGAUAACUUUAAUGGAUAUUCAACUUAUGAUCUCAGUAAAUUCAAUCAAUCGAUCAUUCAUCGUAAAUAUGAUAGUGAACCACCAGCACCCACGCCAUCAAUUAAGCCACUCACUCCAACACUCUCUCCACCAAUAUUAAUAUGUACAAAGAAAUGUUCAAACAAUGGUGUAUGCAUCCUAAACAAUCAAUGUAAAUGCAAUCCAGGAUUUUUUGGUCCAAAUUGUGAAGGCAGAUCCUACCCCAUUCCAAAACCACUUCCAGAUCCAGAAGAACCAAGAGUGAUUUCAGACCCAAACUCAGAUAUCAAUCUUGAUAUUUCAAUUGAAGAAUUGGUUGAAAUCGAUUCUUUGGAAGUUGUAAACAAUCGAUAUUCACUUUUAAAUAAGAAAUGGACAUUGAUGACAUCGAAUAACAACAAUACAUACAAAUACUCUUUGGCAAUCAACAAUGAAACCAAUUUAUACAUUCAAAUCGAUUGGUCAGAUCAAGAGAGAAUCAUUCAAUUUGCAGGAUUAAACAUUACAAUUGCACCACACAGUUUGAAAUACACGAUUUCACUCGACCAUUACUCAUUCAAAUCGAAUCUCAAUUAUCUUCAAUUGAGAAUGUCAACCAACUUUAGUUCCAACGAUGAAAAGUGUUCAUCAUCGAUCGAAACAUCAGGAGACAACAACGAUUUGGAAUGGAUCAAACUUCAAUACAAUGGAAAGAUUCUUUAUGGUAGAUUCGUUCAAAUUGCAUUGGUCGAUGGUCAACCACAAAAAGCAUCGACAAAGUUGAUCGAAUCCGAAGAAGAAGGUGGAUCAUCUUAUUUUGGAAUUAAUAUACCUUUCUACAUUAAUGACGUCACUCUAGACCCAGAUUUCUCAGUGUUGGUAACUGAUCAAUAUGAUAAAUGCAAAGAUCCGUUAUUAUCUACUGGUGCCAUCAUUGGUAUCGCUGUUGGUGGUGCUGUCUUUGUAGUUUUAUUAAUAGCUACAAUCGUUAUAAUGAGUAACAGAACAAGAAGAAUCAAGAUGGCAUAUACUUUGAAAUCAAAGUUUAAAAUUAAAUCAACGCAAUUAAAUAUCAUAAAUAUUGAUCAAGGUCUUGGUAAAUAUGUAGUUUUAGAUACAUCAUCUCAAUACGGCACACCGAAUUGUGAUCUUAGAGUGUCUUUGAAUAUUUUUGGAAAUAGCAGUAUCACCAAGUUUAUUCAUAAAACCAAUAACGUACCAUUUUCCUAUGACUAUUACUACUUGAAUGCUUCAAGUUUAAACUUAGUUGCAGUCAUUAAGUUUACCGUCGAUCCAACCAUUCAGAAUAUUCUUUAUUCCCUCGACAACAUAGACAUAUUUAAUAUUUCAACAGUCAACUAUUGUAUACAACAACCAGCGGACAUCAACCUGACCUAUUCUGCGAACCCUAUUACAUUUUCAAACAGAUUAGUUUCUUUGCAACUACAGACCAUAGUUUUUGUUAAUGGACUUGCAUACAGUGCACCUUACACAUGUAAGGCAUUAUAUGUUGGUGGUCCAAACAAUUGUUUCCAAUGUAAUAUGUACGCCACAUAUCCAUUCACUGGAUAUUACAAUCUUACGAUUGAUCCUAUUCUCACCACAGCUGGAUGUGAUUACAGUGCGCAACUAAAUGUAACUUUGACUCGUACAAAUGGUGAAAGCAGUGCCAUGCAGCUAGCGAAUCCGAUUGGAUCAUUGGUUCCCCCGACCACUCCAUCACAACAAUCAUAUCCAACUGACUCGGUUCUUACUUUUAAAUAUGGAUAUCCAAAGCCAACACUAUCAACAGUUUUAAGCUUACCAGGUCAGCCAAAUUUAUUGUAUAACAUCUAUGCUUCUAGUACCCCAAGUUCUUAUAAUGAAGGAAAGGAAUUAAAAUUCUCAUUUCUAACAUUUGAUAUUUCAGCUGAAAUCAAUAUAAUUUUACAAGUAAACACUCUUCAGGCGAUAUUCUUUAAUGGAAAUGCUUUUGUAAGAUCAAAUUUCACCCUAUCACAGUCAAAAUCUUUUGGUAUAACCUAUGGUAGUCGAAACAUAGAGUUCCCUUUCCCAUUUGGUUAUGGUGAAGGUAAUUUGAAACAAUAUAAUCAUGUAUUUGAUUAUCCAAUUUCAAUUUACCAAAGUGGUAUUAAUGUUCAAGCAACAUAUCAAAAUCAAAAUAUUCCACCAUAUAACUAUACCAAUCAAAAUGUUUCCGGUAAGAAUUCUUUGAUAAUUAGUUUUUCAAAUUACAUUCUAAUUUUUUAUGAAAACUUUAUAGAUACUACUCCUCCAUUUUUGGUAUCUAUUAAUAUUAGACCUCUUUCACUGUAUUCUUAUGAGUAUAUUAUUGUUGCUGGAGAUAAUGAAAGUGGAGUUUACACCAUCAGGAUCUACGAAGAUAACGAUCCAAGUCAAUUUGGUUAUGUAAUUUUCUCGAUUUCAGAUUUGGUGAAUGGUACUACUUGGAGUGGAACCUAUAAAAAAAAUAUUGCUACUAUAGGUUAUAAUCAUGAUAAAUCAUUUUCGAUUGUCAUUGAAGAUAGAGCAGGUCAAAUUUCAACCUAUAGAAGUGGACAGUUUAUUCCAUACUAUAAUUUCUUUAUACAACCAUUCCCCAAACAAGUAUCUUGGAAUGCCAAUAAUAUUACUUCUUUCGGUUUUGCUUCACAGGAAGUUGAUAUUUCUGGUGGUAAAGUGGUCCAAAACAAACUUUCAAUGAAAGUAACGAAUCCAAUUCAAAACAUGUACGUGUUUAUUGAAGUAUAUUCGAUGAGUCCCACUAUACCAAACAUGAGAAGAAUUGGAGGUGCAAUUGAUAUGAACAGCGGUACCAUAUCAAUUUUGUUCAGUACACCGUACAAUAUUUCAACCAAUGGAGAAAACCUUUAUUUCAUUCUCAAAGGUGACCAAGAUAUUCAUUCAGCCUACCUUAUGAAUAAGUUCAUCCAGAAAUGCAUUAUAAACUCCACCGAUAGUUUGGUUAUGCCUCCAGUAUUCAAAGAUAUCCAAUUGACAGCGACUCAAACUGGUAUCAAUAUUAAAGCUGACAUUUUCUGCUUCGGACAGGACGGUUGUGGAAAUGCAAUAAUAGGUGGAACAAUGUACAUCCAAGGAGAAUAUGAUCCAAUUGUAUACCCACUCUCCUUCCCCAACACCAAUGCCACCACCUUGUUUUUCGAUCUACCAUUGAAACAAGCAUACUGUAGAAACCAGACCUAUUCAGUUGUUUAUGCAUUUAUACAUACUGAUGCAGGUCUGAGGGUUUCAGACUCUUCAAAUCCAAAUUAUAUAAACCCAUUUAUGUAUAUAAUCCAAGACAAACUCUCUCUGGAAUAUGAAUGUACAACACCAACACCAGAUACAACUCCACCCAUUCUCGAAAGUUUCUUUAUGUACCCAACAACUCUUCUGGCGAACGAAACAACGACCGUAUAUUUUAAUUUGACAAUCUCUGAUGAUCGCGGCUUUAAAAACUUCCCAUACAUCUACACUGCAAUCGAUAAACUACCAGGUCUCACCAGAGUAGACCAAUCCUCUUACAACUGUACUUUUAUCAAGGUACCAACAAACAAAACAGUUUGUGCUUUGUCCUAUCAAACAAAGUUUUCCGCAAAAGAUAGUUUCCCAAUGGGAAAUAUCUCGGUUUCUUUAUACGGACUUUUAGAUGAAUACGAUAACUUUAACGGAUAUUCAACUUAUGAUCUCAGCAAAUUCAAUAUAUCGACAUUAUAUGUACUCUACCCGAAUCAACCUGUUCCACUACCAACUACAACCCCCAAACCAACUCAAACACCAACUUUCACUCCUUCGGUCACUCCUAUACCAUGUAGCAAUAAAUGUUCAGACAACGGUGUGUGCAUCCUAAACAAUCAAUGUAAAUGCAAUCCAGGUUUUUUCGGUCCAAAUUGUGAAGGAAAACCAGUUUUGAUGCCAAAGCCUGUUCCAAACCCAGAUGAACCAAAUGUUGUAUCCAAUCCAAAUUCCGAUGUAAAUCUUGAAAUUUCAAUUGAAGAAUUGGUUGAAAUCGAUUCUUUGGAUGUUGAAUACUCUCGAUAUUCACUUUCAAACAAAAAAUGGUCAAUGAUGUCAUCAAACAACAAUAAUACUAACAAAUAUUCAUUGGCAAUCAACAAUGAAACCAAUUUAUACAUUCAAAUCGAUUGGUCAGAUCAAGAGAGAAUCAUUCAAUUUGCAGGAUUAAACAUUACAAUUGCGCCACACAGUUUGAAAUACACGAUUUCACUCGAUCAUUACUCAUUCAAAUCGAAUCUUAAUUAUCUUCAAUUAAGAAUGUCAACCAAAUUCAAUGCCACUGAUGAAAAGUGUUCAUCAUCGAUCGAGACAUCAGGAAACAACAACGAUUUGGAAUGGAUCAAACUUCAAUACAAUGGAAAGAUCCUUUAUGGUAGAUUCGUUCAAAUUGCAUUGGUCGAUGGUCAACCACAAAAAGCAUCGACCAAGUUGAUCGAAUCCGAGGAAGAAGGUGGAAUCUCCUAUUUAGGUAUCAACAUUCCAUUUUACUCUAACGAUGUUAUUCUGGAUCCUGAUUUCUCCGUAUUACUAUCCAAUGACCCUGUUGAAUGUAAAGAAAAACCUACACUAUCGACUGGUGCCAUCAUUGGUAUCGCUGUUGGUGGUGCUGCAGUGGUUGCUAUUGUAUUUUUAGCAGUAAUACUUUCCAGUAGAACCAGAAGAAUGAAAAUCAUGUACAAUUUACGUUCAAUGACAAGUCGAAAAGAAUCAUCGAAUGUGCAACUAAAAUAA